UUAACCGUUAGGAGAAACGAAGGCAGCUGUGAGGAUUGUAGUACAUAGGCCUGACCAGUCCUUUUCUCCGCGGGCGCCGAUAAGGCCUGGCUUGCGCUUCUCCCAGGACCUUCCUGGCAGCGACAGAUCUGAGGCGCAACACUUCUGCGACCGCGCUCGCCUUGGGUUCCCUGGCUGUUGCUGGGGCAACUGCAGGCCCCGCCCCUGACCUUGAUCCCGCCCUUCGCGCUGCUGAUUGGUGGUAUCUACCCCUGGAGGUCCCUUUUCUAAAGCAGAUCAGACAGUGAAGCAGCCAAGAGAGAGACACAAACAGGGAUGAACUGGGAUGUCCUAACAACAACCAGCACUAUCGGAGCAACCCAUCUAGGAAGCAGAUCUUCCAGCCCUGAUCAAGUUUGGAUGAUUGUAGCCCUAGGCAGCACUUUGACUGUUUCUUCAUGAAGACCCAAACCAGACCACCCAGCUAAGCCAGUCUCCUGACCUUUAGAAACUAUGAAUCCUUUGCCAGAGACUCCCCCAGCCAUGGACAGCUCUAGUCUUCGGGAUCUUCAACAACCUCUGCUGGCAGGCACAGCCUGUCAACCCCCUGCCCGGGAGCCUGUCAAGCCUGAGCUAGUGCCCCCAUCAAGAGAAACAGCCUUUGCAGAGUCCCUAAGAGGUUGGCAGUUUCUACCACCACCUCUUCCCUCUGUGAGUGGAGGCCUGGGAGAGCCAGGGCCCCCUGCCCUUGAGGAUCCGUCAUCCAGCGACAGCGACUCAGACUGGGACGGGGGCAGCCACCUCUCUCCUCUUCUACCCCAUGACCACCUUGGCCUGGCAGUCUUCUCCAUGUUGUGCUGUUUCUGGCCCCUGGGCAUUGCUGCCUUCUGUUUGGCCCAGAAGACGAACAAGGCUUGGGCCAAGGGGGACGUCCAGGGAGCGGGGGCUGCCUCCCGCCGCGCCUUCCUGCUGGGGGUCCUCGCCAUCGGACUGGGCCUGUGCACAUAUGCAGCUGCGCUGGUGACCCUGGCGGCCUACCUUGCCUCCCGGGACCCGCCCUAGUUGCCUCCAUGGCCCCCGCUGUGAACCAAGAGCCUGGCAGCCCAGUGCAUCUGUGGGCAGGAAAUGGAGAGUCCUGAUGCCGCAUCCAGAAAGGGGAGUGAGCUGGAGACCCCGUCCCAUUCCUGGCCACCACUCAGGCAGCAGCAACGUGAGAAAUUAAACAAGACACCCUUGCAGCCAAACUCGAGUCUGUCGUGUGUACGGGGCGGUGGACACAGUGGUAGUGUCUGAGACCAGGAAGGACCAGCCAGGGUGGCACGGGGGUGCAGGGUCCCCACACAGCAGGAU